AUGAACUAGUUUUUUUUAUAUAAUUAAAUAAAAUAAAUUAAAAAAAACAAUUUUGUUGUAAAUAUUAAAGUACUGCAAUUAUUAAUAUAAAUAGAUGCUAUCCUCUUUAAAGUAAAUUCUUGCCUCAUAAAAAGAAAUUCUAAUGGUAAUACCUGCCUUUUGUUCUUAUUAUUUAUUAACCCAACAUGUGAUUUCAUUUGAAGUUUCAGAGGGCUAAUCAAUGCAUCCAACUGUAAAAGAUGGGGAAUUUGUAGUGGUUCAAAGAGCACUUUAUAAAAUAUAAAAAGGUGAUAUAAUUAUAGCCAAAUCUCCUGUUAGACCAGAUUACAUAGUUUGUAAAAGAAUAAUUCACUUGGAAGAUGAGAUUGAUCCUUAUGGUAAUAAGGUACCUAAAAACCAUGUUUGGAUUGAAGGUGAUAAUGGAAAGUUAUCUUUUGAUUCUAAGUUUCAUGGUCCAAUUCCAAUCAACUUAAUUUAUGGAAGAGUAAUUUAUUGAGUGAAUUUGUAUUUGAUUUCAUUUUUAUCAAUCAG